AUGGAGAACCGGCCGGGGUCCUUCCAGUACGUCCCGGUGCAGCUGCAAGGGGGGGCACCCUGGGGCUUCACCCUUAAAGGGGGUCUGGAGCACUGCGAGCCGCUCACGGUGUCUAAGAUUGAAGAUGGAGGCAAAGCAGCCCUGUCCCAGAAGAUGAAGACUGGUGAUGAGCUGGUGAAUAUCAAUGGCACUCCAUUAUAUGGCUCCCGCCAAGAGGCCCUCAUCCUCAUCAAAGGCUCCUUCCGGAUCCUCAAGCUGAUUGUCAGGAGGAGAAACGCCCCUGUCAGUAGGCCGCACUCAUGGCAUGUGGCCAAGCUGCUGGAGGGAUGCCCUGAAGCAGCCAGCACCAUGCACUUCCCUUCUGAAGCCUUCAGCUUGUCCUGGCAUUCCGGCUGCAACACAAGUGACGUGUGUGUACAGUGGUGUCCACUCUCCCGGCACUGCAGCACUGAGAAAAGCAGCUCCAUUGGCAGCAUGGAGAGCCUAGAGCAGCCAGGCCAAGCCGCCUAUGAGGGCCACCUCUUGCCCGUUGACCAGAACAUGUAUCCAAACCAGCGUGACUCCGCCUAUAGCUCCUUCUCAGCUAGCUCCAAUGCCUCUGACUGUGCUCUUUCCCUGAGGCCAGAGGAGCAAGCUUCCACAGACUGCAUUGUGCAAGGUCCAGGGCCAACCAAGACCCCCAGUGGCCAACCAAAUGUGGCUGAGACCUCAGGAGGUAGCCAGCACACCAACAGGGACUCCCUGACCCCUAACUCCCAGACAUCAUCCCGUCCCCAAGAAGGCCAUCACUCAGCACCUGCCAAGGCAGUCAGGGGACCACCCCAACCCCCAGUGAGGCGGGACAGCCUUCAGGCUUCAAGAACCCAGCUCCUCAAUGGAGAGCAAUGCCUGACUUCAGAGCCUGUGGAUUCCUUGCCACAAAAGGAGAAACCAAGCUUGGACACAGUGUUAUCCCCGAGGAGCCCUAACAGGUUCUGCUGCCUCAGUGAAAAAGACCAAAUGAUAAGUGAGGACCAUCCAAAUUAUGAGCUUAGCCAGUCACCUGAAUGUAGCCAGCAGGAUUCCAGGCAUCUGCUGAUGGAGGCUUCUGCCAAAGCAGCCGGAUCCCUGAAGGCCUGUGAUAAAGCUCCCAACAGAGAUUCCAACCCACUCAGUGAACCUGCCUCAGAACUCUCUAAGGCUCCUUCUUUUGUCAGCCUACCACACCUCAUUGGCCCCACAGGACAUCGUCAUAGUGCCCCUGAACACCUGUUGGCAUCUCACCUGCAGCAGGUGCAUCUGGACCCCAGGGGCAGCAAGGGGAUGGAGCUCCCAGCUGGGCAAGAUGGGCACCAGUGGACUCUCUCUCCUUUGCAUAACAGCUACAAAGGGAAGAAAAGUUCAUGUCCCUCUAUAGGAGGAAUCCAGGACAAGCUCACCAAAGAAAGAAACACCAGGCCAGUAGAUGAUCGGCUUUUGGGGUCAGGGCAUCAGAGUCAAAGCAGUUCCUCUCUUAGAGAGGCUGGCGGACACCUCCCAGAGCGGAGUUUCCUGGACCCAAACACAGCAAGCAGGGCAGGCAGUGAACUGCCAAGCCAGCAGCCCUCUAUCUCUGCCUCCCACAUUCAACAAACCAGGGACUGUUCUUCAACCACUAAAAUAGGCCACAGCACAGAAGUGACAGAAGACGGGGAUGGUGAGCCCAAGGAAUGUGGCCGGAUGGAUGGUAAGCGAAGUGGGGGGACCCGGGGCCGCUCCAUCCAAAACCGACGGAAGAGCGAGCGCUUUGCUACCAAUCUGCGCAACGAAAUUCAGAGGAGGAAGGCACAGCUCCAGAAAAGCAAAGGCCCCUUGUCACAACUGUGUGACACUAAGGAGCCAGUGGAAGAGACCCAGGAACCCCCAGAAAGUCCUCCGCUCCCUGCCUCCAACUCAUCACUUCUGUCUUCAUAUAGAAACAACCCUAGUCCCAAAGACAAGCUCUUCAACAAAAGUAUGAUGCUCAGGGCUAGAUCUUCAGAGUGCCUCAGCCAAGCUCCAGAGAGCCAUGAACCUAGGACAGGCUUGGAGGGCCGAAUAAGCCCUGGGCAGAGGGCUGGCCAGUCUGCUUUGGGUCUAAACAACUGGUGGAAAGCAUCUGAUCCAUCCUCCUCAGACUCUGAGAAACCAAGUCUUUACCAUGGAGUCCGUGGAGGUCACUGGAGAUGGUCUCCAGAACAUAAUCGGCAGGCACACAUAGCUCCAGCCAUGGAAGGCCAAUCCAGCCCACGUGACAACCAAGAAUUUCAGGCGUCUGCUGCCCAAGCUGGAGAGGAAGCCAUUCUUUUACCUUUUGCAGACAGAAGAAAGUUCUUUGAGGAGAGUAGCAAGUCCUUAUCUACAUCUCAUUUGCCAGGUUUAACCACUCACAGCAACAAGACUUUUACCCAGAGACCAAAACCUAUAGACCCAAACUUCCAAUCCAUGAGCUCCAGCUAUCGGGAGUUGAGGCGUCAUCCAGUGGACCAAUCGUAUCAUUCCGCAGACCAACCAUAUCAUACCACAGACCAAUCUUACCACUCCAUGUCACCACUUCAGUCAGAAACGCCUCCUUACACAGAAUGUUAUGCAAACAAAGGUCUAGAAAAUUCCAUGUGCUGUAAGCCACUGCACUGUAGUGAUUUUGAUUACCGCAGGACCUGCUCUUACUCCUGCAGUGUUCAGGGAGCUGUUGUUCAUGACCCCUGUAUCUAUUGCUCUGGGGAAAUCUGCCCUGCUUUGGUCAAGAGAAAUAUGAUGCCAAAUUGCUACAACUGCCGGUGCCACCAUCACCAGUGUGUCCGGUGUUCGGCCUGUUGUCAUAGUCCUCAGCACAGCGCCCUUGAAGAGAGCAGCUUGGUGCCUGGCAACACUUGGAAACCCAGGAAGACAACAGUGCAGGAAUUUCCUGGGGACAAAUGGAACCCAGUGACAGGAAACAGGAAGACCAGCCAGUCCGGGAGGGAAAUGGCUCAUUCCAAGACUAACUUUUCAUGGACAGCCCCCUUCCACCCGUGUCUUGAGAACCCAGCGCUGGACCUGUCAAGCUACCGAGCAGUUUCUUCUCUUGACCUCCUUGGAGACUUCAAACACGCCUCGAACCAAACCGAGGAGCCUUCAGUUUAUGAGGAGAGCUCCCUGGCCUCCAUGCCCCGCCCACUGCGCAGCCGGGCCUUCUCUGAGAGUCACAUCAGCAUGGAGCCACAAGGCACCCGGGCCUGGGGCCAUCAUCGGAGAGAGCUCUUCAACAAAAGUGACGAGACCCAAGCAGAUCCUCUGGGGGCCAGGAAAAAGGCCUUCCCUCCUCCUCGCCCUCCACCUCCCAACUGGGAGAAGUACAGGCUCUUCAGAGCAGCCCAGCAGCAACAGCAGCAGCAGCAACAGCAGCCACUGCCACCGCCACCGCCCCUGCAGCAAAAGCUGCUGCAGAAGGAUGAGGAAGAGGAGAGCAAGGAGGAAGAGGAAGAGGCGGAAGAGGAGGAGGAGGAGGGAGAGGAGGAAGAGGAACUGCCACCCCAGUAUUUCAGUUCAGAAACCACUAGCUCCUGUGCCCUCAAUCCUCAGGAGGUGCCCGAGCAGCCACAGCCACUGAGCCUCGGCCCCGCUCAGGCCCCGAGGCGGGGUUCCCAAGGCCUUCCUGCAGAGCAGGAGCCCUUUCCGCUCCAUUCCAGCAACCUCUUGCCUCCAGGAAGGGGCCGCCUGGGAUCUCAGCCUGAACAGGCUCAGCCUCCUUGCUGUUAUGGCGCUGGUGGGCUUUGGAGGACGUCAGAACAGGAGGCCACUGAUCCCACCAAACAAGAGUUUCAGCACUUGUCACCUCCUCCGGGGGCUCCAGCAGCCCCUACCUCUUAUUCAGCUUAUUACAAUAUUUCUGUGGCCAAAGCUGAACUGCUAAACAAGCUGAAAGACCAACCAGAGAUGGCAGAGAUUGGCUUUGGAGAGGAGGAGGUGGAUCACGAACUGGCUCAAAAAAAGAUACAACUUAUUGAAAGCAUUGGCAGAAAGCUCUCUGUUCUGCGAGAAGCCCAGCGCGGGCUGCUGGAGGACAUCAAUGCCAAUUCUGUCCUUGGAGAGGAGGUGGAGGCCAACUUAAAAGCUGUUUGCAAAUCCAAUGAAUUUGAAAAGUACCGCUUAUUUAUCGGAGACCUGGACAAAGUGGUCAACUUGUUGCUGUCACUCUCUGGACGUCUGGCUCGGGUGGAGAAUGCUCUCAACAGUAUUGAUUCGGAGGCUGACCAGGAGAAGUUGGUGCUGUUAGAAAAGAAGCAGCAGCUGACAGGGCAGUUGGCAGAUGCUAAGGAGCUGAAGGAGCAUGUGGACCGCCGGGAGCAGCUGGUGUUCGGCAUGGUUUCUCGCUACCUGCCUCAGGAGCAGCUCCAAGAUUACCAGCACUUUGUCAAGAUGAAAUCUGCUCUCAUCAUUGAACAGCGAGAGUUGGAGGAGAAGAUCAAGCUUGGGGAAGAACAGCUCAAAUGUCUCAGGGAGAGCCUACUCCUGGGGCCCAGCAAUUUCUAAUGCUACCAGCGG